GUUGUUGCUAUGGAAACCUUAGUGUAAACCACUGGAUUUGUACCUGCUGGCCGCUGUUGUUUAUCUUAAAAACAUAAUCCCUUACCGUCAUCGUUAUCGACUCUAAACGAAUUAUGCCGCCCAAAAAGGAUGAAAAGAAGAAGAAAAAGGCGGAAGCGAAGCCCCCUAUCCUAAUAAAUGGCCUCACAAAGGAUGAGAUAUCGAGGGAGCAGAUAGAAGAGCAUGUGGUGCAACUUCGUGAGGUGCUGGACAGAGAGAGGGAGGAGAGGAAUUACUUCCAGCUGGAGAGAGACAAGAUUCAGUCCUUUCGGGAAGUUUCUGACAGAAAACUAGCGGAGGUUAAGGCUGAACUUAAAAACCUGGAGAAGGCCAUAGAAGAUGAUGAGGCACAUCACCUAGUGGGAAUUAAGGUCUUUAAACAGAGGAUGAAGCACCUCCUGUGUGAACACCAUAACACAGUCACUGAGCUGGAAGCAGAUAUUGUAACCUCAACCGAUGUGCUGGAGGAUGAGCAGAGUCAACUGGAGGCAGAUCUGUAUAGGGAAAUGAUGGGCAUCCUGGUUGAGAUGCAGGAGUCCAGCUGUGAAGACGUUUUUAAAGAGCUUCUGCUGAAACAUGAAGAAGAAAUGACUGCAGCUAAAGAGAAGUGGGAGAGACUUCUGAAAGAAACUGCGGUCAAAAAUAAGACGGAGAUACAAGAGCUGGAAAAGGAACACGACUACAUAAUGAAGAGUGUGACAUGUGAGCGAGAGCUGCUCUGGAAGAGCCACUUUGGGAAUCUUAAUGAAGACAUUGACAGAUGCAUAAGUGACGCAAAAGAUCUUAUUAGUAUGCUGAGCAAAGAUACAGGCAGAGAGAUCACAGCUCUUAAGGAAUGCAGAGAUAAAAAGGUCUUGGAGCUGAUGACGAUGAAAGACGAAUUUUUUGCACUUUUGAAAGAAAAUAAAGAAUUUGCAAAGCGUGUUGCAAAAACCGAGAAUGAAUAUAGCCGUCUUGAAAGGAGAUCAAAAUCCUUCUCACAGUCAGAGAAAAAUUUAACAAUUCCUCAAAAAGCGAUCCUGAAAGACAAGAAGACGGAGUUUGAAGACUUGCAAGAGCAAUUCAGCAAGCUUCAGAUUGAGGUGGAGGAACUGCAAUCGUCUGUUCCUACGAAAAUUGAUAUUGCGCAGAAACAAGCAGAUCUGUCUCUCGGGCCUCUGGAGGACGAGCUAAUGGCUCUGAAUGACCAUGUGGAGAAGGUCCAGACUCAGCUCCACACCUUGAUCUCAGCCCCUAACGUGGACCAAACUGCUGUCACUGAAAUCACUCACAAAGUCGCGAAAGAACUGGAGAUCAGAAAUUCAGCUAUCAAGAACCUGAAGCAUAAAAGAUACCUGAUAUCAACGGCCCACACUGCCGCACUAGACAGGGCGGAGGGCGUCAUCGUGAUGUAAAAAAGAUCUGGAAGAGCCCUUGAUUUCCCACACAAGUUGCUAGAUUAUAUCUGGUCAGAUCUUAAAUUUGUUCAUUCUAUUUUUUCUUGGUUUAAUUUUUAUUUUUAGUUACUCUUUGACAAAAGUAAAUAUUGACUUAGGGCAGGAAAUCACCUUAUCAGAAGGAAUUCAAAGCCAAACUUUCAUCCUCAUAUUGACCCCCUAAAACAGCUCUGUAACCAAAGCUACCCUGUUGUAGUUUUUUUUGGUGAAAUAAAUAAAAACAAAUCUUGC